AUCCCGGUGCUUAACUCGCUUAAAAACGGUGCUAAAAUCACUUUGUUACAAUUAGUAAAGUGGUUUGUGGUGUUUCAAGUUCUUCUUCAUUUUAUUAUUUAAAAUUCAACAUGAAAAUUAUUUUAGCACUUCUCUUCGUUCUUUUGGCAUUAGCUAAUUGUCAAUAUUUCGGGUUUCAAGAUUUUCCAUCGAAUGCGUUUUCUGGUGGUUUAGAUUCCUCUUACAGAAGUGCCAGGGAUCCAAGACAGGAUCGGGGGCCUGUUGUUUUUCCACAAGCACCGUCGGAUAAUGGAGAGACGAGUGGUGUGGUUGUUGGAGCUAGUGGAUAUGGUUUUGUGCCACCCAGUUCGAAUUAUAGAUCAUUUUAUUAAACUGAACUGAAUGAAGAAAUCGAAGAAAUGUAAUAAAAUCUAUUUAUUAAUGUA